AUGGCCUAUGCAGAAGAGGACAGAAAUAGCUACGAGGUGUACAAGGAAACAGCAGACUGGUUGCGUGCCCGCACUGCUCAGUGCCCAAAGAUUGCCAUCAUCUGCGGAUCCGGGCUGGGAGACCUGGCAGAUAUGCUGGAGCACAAGAUGGUCUUUCCCUAUGAGGAUAUCCCUCACUUCCCACGGAGCACAGUGUCAGGGCACGAGGGCAGGCUGGUGUUUGGGGAGCUGAACGGGCGGCCGUGUGUGUGCAUGCAGGGGCGCUUCCACUUCUACGAGGGAUACUCCAUCAGCACGGUCACCUUUCCCAUUAGGGUCUUCUUUCUCCUGGGGGUGGAGAUCUUGAUUGUCACCAACGCUGCCGGGGGGCUGAACCCCAACUUUCAGGUGGGGGACAUCAUGCUCAUUAGAGAUCACAUCAGCAUGUUUGGCAUGGGAGGGCAGAACCCGCUGCGUGGACCAAACGAUGAGAGGUUCGGCGUGAGGUUCCCCUGCAUGUCUGAUGCCUAUGACCAAGAUCUGCUCAGCCUGGCCAUGGAGAGUGCCCAGGAGCUGGGCUUCCUGGGCUUCACCCGAGAUGGGGUGUACUGCAUGAUGGCAGGUCCCUGCUAUGAGACCAUCGCCGAGUGCCACCUGCUGCAGGCCCUGGGAGCAGAUGCUGUGGGCAUGAGCACCGUGCCAGAGGUGGUCGUGGCCCGGCACUGUGGCCUGUGUGUCCUCGGGCUGUCCCUCAUCACCAACACGGCAGUGAUGAGCUAUGGCAGCCAGGAGAAAGCCAGCCACGAAGAUGUUCUGCGCGUCUCAGCGGCCCAGGCCAAAGCCCUGCAGAACUUGGUUGUGCACCUCAUCAGCAAGCUCGGCCCAAAUUCCCCCUGA